UAUCAGUGCCGUUUUGGUUUGUGCGUUUUGGCUAGGAUAGUUAUAAGAUUGCUCAUGACUGAGGCUCUGAGGUCGUGCUCUAUCCAAUACGUCCUCUAAAGAUGGCGGCAAUUCCAACUCCUGUUAGUGUUACUAAUUCUGUUGGUGAUAUUAACCUCCCACAAAUAAAGCGAGAGCUGCUAACCUCAAUUAAUCAGUCUUCACAGCGAAGCCUUCAGCAAAGUGUUAAAUGGUGUGCUGAGCUUUGCCACUCCCUGGCUGGAGUAAAGCCGGUAGAAGCACCAAUGCAAAGUGAUGAAUCAGAGGAUUUUCUUUUGGAACUUGACAAGUACACUCUUGGAAAAUCCUACCUCGAUGUUAAGGAAUAUGAUCGAGCUGCUUUCUUUGUUAAGGAUUGCUCCAGUCAUAAAGCAUAUUUCAUAUAUGUAUAUGCCAAAUAUUUAGCUGGAGAAAAACAGCGAUAUGACGAGUUAGCCGGUCAGAUGGGCCCGAUAGAGUACAAGGCAACGAAGAAUGAGACUUUAAAAACCUUAAGGAUUGAGCUCGGCAAGAAAUACAAUGCAGGAGAGUUGGAUAGUUUUUGUCUGUAUCUCUAUGGAGUAGUUUUAAAGAAGCUGGAAUUAAAAAAAGAAGCAAUGACUAUAUUAGCAGAAUCGAUUCAGAGGAAUCCACUUUACUGGGGAGCCUGGAUUGAGCUGUCUUCAAUGGUGUCUAGUAAAGAAAUGUUAAAUUCAUUGACGUUACCUGACCACUGGAUGAAGGAAUUCUUCUUGUCACACACCUACUUAGAACUUCAACUAAACGAGGAAUCAUUGAAGCGUUAUCGAGCACUUAGCGAAGCUGGAUUUGGUCAGAGUACUUACAUCAUGUCGCAGAUAGCAGUUGCUCAUCAUAACUUAAGAGAUUUUGAAAGUGCAUUAAAGUUAUUUGAUAAUCUUCAGAAGAUAGAUCCAUAUCGUUUGGAGAACAUGGACACUUACUCCAAUUUAUUGUAUGUUAGGGAAAUGAAAGCUGAGUUAGCCUACUUAGCACAUCAUGUUUGUGAAGUUGAUAAAUACAGAGUGGAAACCUGUUGUGUCAUUGGUAAUUACUACUCAUUGCGUUCUCAGCACGAGAAAGCGGUCCUGUACUUCCAGCGUGCACUGAAGCUUAAUCCACACUACCUAUCGGCUUGGACUCUGAUGGGCCACGAGUUUAUGGAAAUGAAGAACUCUUCUGCAGCAAUACAGGCUUAUAGACAGGCCAUAGAGGUGAAUCCAAGAGAUUUCCGAGCCUGGUAUGGACUGGGGCAGACCUACGAGAUUCUCCGUAUGCCUUUUUACUGUAUAUAUUACUACAAACAAGCCCAACAGCUCAGGCCAAAUGAUUCCAGAAUGUUAGUAGCUUUAGCUGAGAGUUAUGAAGCCUUGGAGAAGGUAGAGGAAGCCAAGAAAUGCUAUUGGAAGGCCUACUCAGUUGGCGAUGUUGAGGGAACUGCAGUUCUCCGAUUAGCCAAGUUAUUGAAACAGAAGUUAGAAGAUGAGGAGAAAGCUGCAUAUUUUUAUAACAAGUUCUUAGAACAAGCUGAAGCAUUUGGGACUGUUGGUAGUGAAGAGCAAUGCCAGGCUUAUGUGUUCCUUGGGCGUUACUAUCUCAAACGACGUCUUUUUGAUGAAGCAUCAUACUAUGCUCAAAAGUGCUGUGAAUAUAAUGAGGUUAGAGAAGAUGGUAAAGAGAUUCAGCGAGAAAUCGAAAAUCAAAAGAAAUCAGGCGGCAUCGGAGGACCAUCUGGCGGAGAUAACUUAAAUGGUUCGAUGGUUCAAACCCAAAAUCCAGCACUACAGGAGAAGCAGACGCCACUUGGUAACCGUCUGUCACCUAUGAAUCUGAUGUUCACACCUUGAAUGUUGACUCUGCUCACGUUGCGUGUGAUAGGUGGAAUCCAGUUGUGUUCUUGAAACUAGGCUCGGCACUACAGGUGGUAGCCAAUUACUUUGGUCAUGACUCAGAUCGGUUGGGCAAUUCUGUGUACUGAAUACCAAAUAAGGCAUUUUGUGGGCAUGUCAUGCUGGCUGAGUUUAUAGGUGACUAUCAUUGAAUAGAAAUAUAUUUAAGCUGGAUUUUCUGAGGUGGAAAAUAUGCUUUGACUAAAUGUUAAUCAGAGGAUGUGUCACUAUCCAAACUCUAUGCAAAUUACUCUAGAUCGAUUUUCCGCAAACUAUGGUGCGUGGCCCAAAUUUGGGCCGCAAAACAUUUUUGGAGGGCCGCGAAGCCGUCUGGAAAUUGAAAAAAAAUAGAAAUAAUAACAGAGAGACGUUUCAUCAUGGAGAAAAUAGUUUUUAAUAAAGCCGC